AGUUUGGUUCCCGCCUCCAGCUGGGCUGGUAGAGAGGUUCCUUCAUUCUUGUGAAAUUAUAAAUCUAGCCCAGAGGGCAAGGAAAGAAACUGAGGAAGAAUGGACGAGGAAGAGGUGGAAGUCGUGGAGUCUCCUUCAGAGGUUUUACAACCUGAGGUCACUGUGGUGGUGACAGGAGAGCCUCCUGAAGCUGCAGAAGAAGAUCUAGAUUACGAAGAAGAGGAAGAGACCUCCCCGGAAGUCAUAGAGACGCUGUCCCUUCUAGACGUGCUGAGGGUGUCGGCCGUCAUGGAGGACGUCAUUGACCAGCUCUCUAUUCUCGGCUACAUCAUUCCGGUUCAGUAUGAAAGAAGGCAGAGCCUCACCCAGAAAGCCAGCCACGAAGGAGCAUCUAUGAUUACAACCACACCGAAAAAAUCUACUUCUUUGUUAACUAAAGAAAAAUCCAUGAUGGCAGAAAACAAACAGAGAGGGCAGGACUUUACCUUUAAAAAACCUACAAAGCAGACCAUGAUGACUCUGGAGACACUGAAGAAAAUUCAGAAUGACAGGCAAUAUUUCAGUGAUGUAAUUGCAAAUGCCAUGAUGGAGAUGCAAGAUUCUGGCUCUUUCACCAGUCUCCUGAAAGCCUUGGGCAAAGAAAGAGACAGCAAAAUGAAUUUCCAUGAUGUCAUCACAAGGGAGGAAAAGGGAAGAAAACAGAUAAAAACCCUUCAAAAACAGUUACUUGAUGUCAAAAGGGAGCGUCAAAUGCAAGUACAGAACGGGAAUGAAUACAUUGCUCACCUCAGGGACCAGCUACAAGAGAUGAAGGCGAAAACCAACUUGGAGAAUCUUUAUAUGAAAAGAAAUGCUGAGCUGCAGAUUUCCCAGACCCAGAAGAAAUGUAACCGAGCAGAAGAACUCUUGCUGGAGGAGAUUGAGAAACUGAGGAUGAAAACUGAAGAGGAGAACCGGGUUCACACGGAGAUCGAAAUGUUUCUUAAAAAACAGCAGCAGAAACUUGAGGAGAAGCUAGAGUUCUGGAUGGAGAAAUUUGACAAAGACACAGAAGCAAAGCAGAACGAGUUAAAUGCUCUCAAGGCUGCCAAGGCCAGUGACCUGGUACACCUGCAAGACCUGGCAAAGAUGAUCCGGGAGUACGAGCAGGUCAUUAUUGAGGACCGGAUAGAAAAGGAGAAGACCCGGAAGAAGCUGGAGCAGGAUGACCUGGAGCUGAGGAGCAUCGUGAAGCUCCAGGCCUGGUGGCGAGGGUCAGUGGUCCGGAAGGAAAUUGGCAAUUUCAAAAUGCCCAAGAAAGAUAAAGAUGACAGCAAAGACUCGAAAGGCAAGGAGAAGGAGAAGAGGAGAAAGAAGUAACCAGUUUCUGCUGAGCCUUCUCAGGCCUCGAGACACUGGGGGUGCUGACCCAGCGCCCACCUCCUGGCUCACAGACCUAGGGAGUUCUCACUGUCUGAUACUCUAGUUUUCACACCCCAGUGAGGGCUAUCACAUGGCUGUAGGACCUCUUCAGACGGGACUGUGGGGAGCCAAGUUGAGUAGCUGUGUGAGCAUCCUUCUUCUCGCUCCAGAAAGCAGCUAACUGGCUCAUAGUUAAGUCGUAAAAACUCCUGACACAUCUGACUCUGACUUUAUGCCAUAUGAUUAAAGUGAAAAACUAUUAUAAGCAAAAGUGAAUUCUCACCUAGCAUCAUGUGCACGCACAUGUAGUUAAUAAACAUUGGCUCUGCCUGUCUUGCAGGGCGACCAUUAGUCUAGGGUUGGUGGUGUUGGGGGACAGCACAUAAAACACCUCUUACAUAAGCAGUUCCAGUGACUUUUCUGGGGACAGAUAGGGAUGGAAGCAUCUGAUACAAGAUGGAAAUGGCAUGUAGAUACACAGUCCUCCAGGGGUAAAGAAUGGGGCACGGGUUCUCCAGAGGCUAGUUUAGAGAUACACUUGUCAAAGGAGACACAACUAUGUCCAUCAUCUGGAUUUUAAGACGUAAAGAAACCAACCAAACCAACCAACCAACCAACCAACCAACCAACCAACCAGUGUAUAUGUGGGCCCAGGCUUGGAAACGUGUGCAUGCCACAGUGUGCAGGGGGUGGAGUCAGAGGACAGGUUCCAAGAAUUGUUUCCUUCUAAUGUAUCUCUUUGUACUAUUUGGGUCUCAGAUAUCAAACUCAAGUCAUUGGACUUGGCAGCAAGCCCCUUUUCCUGCUGAGCCAUUUCAUUGGCCCUCAACUGUGGUUUUUUUUUUUCCCCUGAGAGAAAUGUUACCUUAAUGUGUCUCACAUAUUUCAUGAAUAUAAAAUUUAAACUUUUUGAUGCAGGGUCUCAUGUGGCCCAGGUUGGUUUCAAAUUCACUACGUAGUCUAGUGGCCUUGAACCUCAUGUUGUGCCUCCUAAGUGCUAGAACUACAGGGGCGAGUGACCAUACCUGGUUUAUGCAGCGUUGGGAAUGGAACUUGGACUCCAUGCAUGCUAGUAGGCACACUUCUGACUGUACUCCAGCCCCAGCCUGAGUGGAGCCUUCUCAUCCACUGCCUACGCAGGCCAGCCUGCUAUCUGUACCUCUUUAAGAAAGAGACUGUGAGCCUCAAAGGUUCAGUGAGCCAGAUAAAUGGCCUUUCCAUGACUGGUCUCUGGCAAGAAAACCAUGCUUUAGGCUGGAACAAUUUAAAGUGUUUAUUACAUGCUACUGGAGUAUAUUGGCUUUUAAUGUCCACAUAUAAGAUGACAUACAGGCAAUUUAAAAUAACAUACACAGUACUGACAUAUUUAUACUUAGAACUUACACAAAUAUUUACAAACAUACAAAUAUAGGACAAUGUUUACAAAAACUUAUUAAUUACAUGUUUAUAACACUUCAGAAAUAAAAUCUGCUGUAAACCAUCUCACUGCAAUGAAAAAGGCUUCUAAAUAACCAAGUUUUCCUUCAUUUCUACAACCAUCUAAGUACUUAGUUCUUAAAAGUCCAUCAGACUCGUCAGCAUACCACAUUAUUAGUCACUGCUGACUAGAGGCAAAGAAACAGCAGGCUCCUUCAUUAGUUGCAAGGAUGUAUUUACAGAGCUGCUGGAUUGGAAGCCACCCACUGCUCUGCCUUUUCUAGUCUGUUCUAGGCAGAUAGGAAAGUUCCUCUGGAAAGUUCAUCAGACCUGCUCAUUACAGGGGAAUCCUGGUCAGAGUGCCUGGCAGCCUGCAGACUGCUGACAUAACAUCUCUGCAGGUGGCAGGGCAGAGCCAGGCAGACACUUGGCUCAUCUACCUUACCAUUGGCAAGGUAGCCAUUGCUGGUCAGGGGACUAUGACAUGGCUAACUUUAUCUUUAUUUCCCGCUGGGGUCUAGCAAGGUUAAAUAUCCAAAUGAGUUGUCCUUUCCAAUUUGGAAACCUGUAAGAAGCCACAGGGCCCAACAGAAGCACUGACCUGCUGUGUGCUGACUCACACUGCGCAACUGUAUCCUAACCCUUCAGAGUUGCAUUAGUUUGGUAAGUGCAUUAAGUAAGGUCUCAGGAAAGCCGCAGUGUUAAAAUGUCCUCCUCCUCUUUCUGAGGGAGGGUCUCACUAUGGAGCCCUGGCUGUCCUGGAACUCAAUAUGUGAAUAAGAUCUGUCUCCUCUGUCACUCAAAAGCUGGGAGUAAAAGCAUGUGCCACCCUGCUCGGUAAUGUCAACUUUUAGGAACUCUUGUAGCCAUUCCAAGUGUUGUAUUAUGUAAUGUCUUCUGGGCCCAUUUUCUGUACAAUUAAAUAUGGAAUUUAGAAAUGAUGCUGAGGUUUAAUGCUGCCUAGAGGAAGCAAAUCUGCGGUCCAGCAGCACAGCUGGUCAUAGGCAAGCUCUGGCUGCCACUCUGCGGUCUGCUGGUGAACGGGCUAGGCUCUGAGCUCUGGUUCUACUCUUCUGUGAGGACUACGAUGCUCUAGGUUAGACUUACUUUUUCUCGAGAGCUCUAGUCGCCUGAGUUACAGGCAUGAGCCACCGUGCCUGGCUGCUGUUACAUGCUUUGAAACUUGAAUAAAAGUGGCAGCGUUCUAAUG